UGGAGUACAUAUCCAUUUCCGAUGUCGAUAUCGUGAUUUCGUAAUCUACUGUUUUACUACGAUUUUACACCUUCCCUAAUAGUUUGAUGCUUCUGUAUAGAUUUGGAAAACACAGGUUAGUGUUUAGAGCAACAUUCAUAAGUACUAUGGCGUUACCAAAAUCGUUCUACUGUCGAGAACUGCCGAAAGGUUUGGUUGACUACAGAUCGAAUGAAUCAAAACUUCGUUUGACCCGGAGUUUGACCCUCGGGAGCGCAGUGCCAUUUCUUUCGUUGUCUUCUUGUUUCAACACACAAGCGGAGCCAGCGUACUGUGGACUGUCCACCCUCGCUAUUGUCCUUAAUGCUCUUCGUAUAGACCCGCAGAGAAUUUGGAAAACACCUUGGCGUUGGUUCACCGAAGACCUUCUCGACUGCUGUCGACCUUUGGAUGUGGUCAAAAAAGUUGGAAUCACGAUGGAUGAGUUUUUAUGUCUUGCGAAAUGUAAUGGGGCAGUUUGUACCCUUACAAGGCCCGAAGACAACGAACAAAGCUAUCAGCUUUUCCGAAAAUCCCUGUUUUGUGUCUGUUACGGUGGCUCAUCUAAAAACAACAACAUCCUUUCAUGUUGUGUAUCCGAAAAAGAAGAUGAUACCAACUGUCCUCAAGAUACAACUCACGGAGAUGAGGAAAACCCUAAUGAAUUUCUCGUUAUUUCUUACGACAGGAAAAAACUCCAGCAAACAGGUACAGGACAUUUCAGUCCAGUAGCUGCCUUCGACCAAGAGACAGACUCAGUGCUCUUAUUUGACACGGCAAGGUUCAAAUACCCACCAUACUGGGUACCGGUGAGACUGUUAUUUGAAUCCAUGUUGCCUGUAGACCCAAGUACUGGGAAAAAUCGAGGCUAUUUUGUGCUGAAGGCAAGAAGUGAGGUGCAGGGGAGAAAGGUUUGCUGUUUAUGGAAGGAACUUCUCGCAGCCACUGAUGAAAGCCACCGAUGUUGUCUGCCUGAACCACACCCAGUAUACGACUCAAGCACCAUGACUUGCCAUGGAAAGGAUUCAUCGUUUUGUUGCAAAAAGUGCUAGUGGAGAAAUUUCACUGUUUAUUUAAACCCAGUGGCUAUUUGUACGGAUCCGUAUCCCGACUUCAAUUUUCUAUUAGUACAGGAGUUUUAGUUUUUUGCUUUUUUCUUCGAAUUGAUAUGCAACUAAGAAUUCUUAUUGCCCUAGAUAUGCUCAGGAGUAUCAAGCGAUUCAAGCAUUAAAGGUUUUAAAUAUGGGCUUGUGUUAUUCCUCAGUACAAUAUUGAGCGGCAGAAUCGGCAACACUUAAAAAUUCCCGAGGUCACGCUUGAAAUCGAAUUUUAGGCCCGUACCCAGGGGGUGCAGGGGGUGCAAAUGCAACCCCCCACAACGGCAGAAGGUAAGCUAGAUCACUCUGGUUUGAAGCCAAAUCUAACAAUAAACGUUCCGUGGAGAUACUCCAAAGGCAUAAAACAUCCCUCUUUGUUCUUUCGGUGGUGGUCAGAUUUUUAUCAGAGAACUCACCCCCCCCCCCCCCCCCCCAGGAAAAAUUAGGUCCACUUUUUCGGAUUCCACCCCCCCCCCCCCCCAAGAAAAAUACUGGGUACGGGCCUGAAUUUGAUUUUCUUUUCAAGUUAUCCAUGCAAAAUUGUUGAAUUCUAUACUUUACCAAGGAAAUAGUCUACUAAGCAGAAGCAGCAAAUAUGUUUCACCCAAGAGUUGUAGAUACUUUAGUGUAUUUCAGUCAAAAAACAAUUGAUUCCUUCUCAUGUGACAACCACUUUGCAUGUAAAGUAGAAUGCAAGUCGCAGCAAAAACUGUGUGACAAGGCAUUUGCCACUUCCCCAAAAGGGGGUACAAAGGCGACCCAAGAGAGGUUGAGGGAGAAAUGUGUUUAUUUUGUGUCAAUUUGUGAGAGUUUUCAUCCUUUAUCAAGGUCACACAUCUCGGCUGGGAUGUAGUUAGGUGGCUGUCAUACCUACUGAAAUAUAUCAUUGUUCUUUCCUCUCUUUAGAAUUUUAUUUUUAUUUUUUUCAUUCAACUUGGAGGCCAGUUGCACUCUUAGAUACAUAUAUGUCCUGCUUGUAGCAAAUUGCUUUCAAAGACACAAGCAUAUAUAAGGUUAAUCCUAUGAAAACCUCAGUUUCCCUGAAAAUACAUUGCUUAUUUUUGCAGAAACCUUUAGGCAUAAAAUAAGAUGGAAUAAAGAUAUAAGAUAAAAAUCAA